CUGGCAUUUAUAAAGAGACUGGAGAGCUAACUCCUUUAGAUAGCUCGCAAUUAUCUGCUAGUAUACCAUUGGAGAACUCGUAUUUGAAUUUACUUUACGCGUCUUCGUUUAUCCGCCACAUAUCAUCCUUGCUUUCGUCGUCUGAAGGAGAAAUCAAAAUGCCAAUUGAUUUUUAUCAACUCCCUGGAAGCGCUCCGUGCCGUGCCGUUGCAUUGACGGCCGCCGCGCUUGGUAUCGAAAUGAAUUUUAAGGAAGUUGCUUUAAUGAACGGAGAUAACUUAAAACCAGAAUAUUUGAAGAUGAACCCACAGCACACGAUACCUACAAUCGAUGAUAAUGGUUUCUACUUGUGGGAAAGUCGGGCUAUUAUGGCAUACCUGGCAAAUCAAUAUGCUAAGAAUGACUCAUUAUAUCCAAAGGAUCCGAAGAAACGUGCGGUUGUUGAUCAAAGAUUAUAUUUCGACGCAUGCACCUUGUAUAAAUCUUUCGCAGACUAUUACUAUCCUAUAAUUUUCGCCAAAGCCCCUAAAGAUCAAGCGAAAUAUGAAGCUAUUGGUACGGCCAUGUCUUUCCUUAAUACAUUCCUCGAAGGACAAGACUACGUGGCAGGAAAGAACAUGACUCUUGCCGACCUGACCCUUGUGGCCACCGUGUCCACAAUAGAGGUCAUGGACUACGAUCUCAGCAAAUAUAAAAAUGUGACGAGAUGGUAUGCAAAGAUCAAGUCGGAGGCUCCAAAAUACGAAGAGUACAACAACGCAGGCAUAAAGGCAUUCAAAGCUUUGGUGGAUAGCAUGGCGAAAAAGUGAAAAGUGAAACACAAUAACGAUAUUCGAAACCAUGAUUUUUUUAUGUGAAUUCUAUACAAAUAAAUUUUUUAUCGUUCCCUUCUA